GGACCGAAGAAGGAGUGAAGAUCAACUCUCACCCAUGCCGCGACUUGGUCCGCCGAUGUAGGAAGAAGCUUGCCCGGUCGUCCAUGCCUCAUAGUCCUGCAACUUUGCUUCCUUGCGCCGCGCCGCCCCGCGUCCGGUAUCCGUUUUGCGUCGCGACAAUCGCUGAUACUCUUGAUGACAGUGCCAGUGGACUUUUUGGAUAUUCGUGAAAACGGAAUGUUACACCCCCUACAUCCAUCCUUGUGUUUAAUAAAUGUUCUGUUGUCUACGUGUGUCAUAAAGUGCAUUUUCUACCCUUGAGCGGAAAUUUCUCCGGGAUUAUUUUCUGUGCUGCGCGGGGAGCUGAAGUUGAGCGCGGGCGGAGCAGAGGACUUGAACUCCGACGACGGAUGGUCAAGCACCGAGUGUCCCGCGGGCGUCGCGUCUCAAGAAGAAAACAAUUGGAGGAGAUGGGUUCUCCCGUCGAUUGGCAGUGCUCCUCGUCCGCAACAUGUGCUCUCUGAUUCUGGCUCACUUUUGAAAAAAUGGAUCUGUCAAGCGUGCGAUGGGUGAAGGCGGUGGCACUGCUCUCCUGGGUUGGGAGCCUGGAGAGCGCCAACAUCCUCAUGGUCACCAUGGGCGGCACCCGGAGCCACAAGAUCCCGUUCCUGGCCCUGGGGCAAGGGCUUGUCCUCCGCAACCACUCGGUGACGCUCGUCAACGCCUUCCCGGAAAACUCGGAGAGCCCGGACCAGACCCGGACCCGCCCCCACCCCCGCGUCCGGGAAAUCACCCCGUACGGCCUCGUCAUGUACGUCCGCAACUUCACCGACUGGGACCUCGUCGGUGCUCGCAUCCGUGGCGAGGACCCUGUACCGCUUCUCGAUGCCAUCAGAUAUGGAUACCAGGCGUGUAAAGCUAUGCUCUCCGACACACAGACGCAGCACCUGCUCCACACGAGGCGAAAAUUCGAGUUACUGAUAAUCGACGGGGCCUAUCCAGAGUGCGCUCUUGGGCUGGCCCACCACCUCAAGGUCCCUUUCAUGUAUAUCAAUACAGUUGGAUUCUAUACGCAGUCCCUUUCCGUCGCCGGCAACCCUACUCCCUACGCGGUUACCCCGUUCUUUGCUUACCCGCUGUCCGACUCCAUGAGCCUCGUCCAAAGGGUGCACAAUGCGGCGCUGCACGUGGCGUGCGGGAUGCUGCACUGGAUCAUGGUCCGAUGGUUCUUGAACGGAGUGCUCCGGACUCACAUCCACCCGGGGACCCCGUCCGCCUACGAGAUCUCCAAGAACGUGAGCUUCAUCCUCCAGAACGGGCACUCGUCCAUGACCUACCCGCGCCCUUACCUCCCCAAUGUCGCCGAGGUCGCAUGCAUCCACUGCCGACCUUCAAAACCCUUGCCGAAGAAUAUAGAGGACUUCAUUCAACGAGGAGGCAACGCGGGGUUCAUUUACGUGAGUAUGGGCUCAUCUGUUCAGACAGCCAACACGCCUAUUCACCUGAGGAAGUUAUUCUUGUCGGUCUUCUCGAGACUUCCAUACCAAGUCCUCUGGAAGUGGGACGAUGCCAUAGCCAAUGAACUGCUACCGAUAAAUGUCAUGCAAAGUCGAUGGUUUCCGCAACAAGACUUACUGGGUCAUGAGAAGAUUCGAGGAUUUGUGACGCACGGAGGACUCUUGAGUUUGUUUGAGACGAUUUAUCACGGGGUGCCUGUGGUCGUCUUACCAGUUUUCUGUGAUCACGAUGCAAACGCCGAGAAGGCGGUUCGAGACGGAUACGGCUACAGACUCGAACUCAGAUCACUGACUGAACAUAAACUACUCAACGCCAUCAGCUCCAUUGUUUCAAAUCCUAGGUUCCUAGAGCAAGCUCAAAAGAGGUCGAACCUGCUGCGAGACCAGGCGGAGACCCCGAUGGACACGGCCAUUUUCUGGACGGAGUAUGUCCUCAGACACAGGGGCGCCUACCACCUACAGUCCCCUGCCAAAGACAUGAGCGUCAUCCAGUACUAUUCCAUUGACGUUCUACUCCUCAUGCUUGCCGCUCUCUACUCAAUUGUAAUUAUUGUAAAUAGACUUAGGAGAGUGGCAUCAAAACUGCAAAAUACACUCUCCUAUAAGUUAUUGGUUAAGUCGAAAAUAAAUUGAUUAUAUUUUGUUCA